AUGCCAAAAGUAUAUAAGCCAGAUCCGCGCGGCAAGCGUUAUCAAAAACCUAACAAAUCUGAUUUAGCUAAUGCUGUUGCUGCUGUCAAACUCAAGAAGAUGUCCUACAGAGAAGCUGAGUCAGUUUACGGUAUAAAUUAUUCUGUUAUUUACAGACAUGUUAAAAACCCGGAGAUCAAAACACAAGGAGGCCAAACAUCACUUUCUAAAGAAGAAGAGAAUUUAAUUGUAUCAGGUAUUUUGUUUUGCGCUAAAUGGGGUUAUCCGAUUGGCAGAUUCGAUUUAAGAUUAUUAGUUAAUGGAUAUCUUGAACGCCGGGGAAAAAAAGGUUAA